AUGAAGUGUCUCGCAUCGUCGCACACAGCGGGCAACCGACUCCUGCACAGCGCAGCAAGCCGGCGCAUGCUUGCGUCGGCCGCAAACGCGCCAGCGCGGCGUGCCCUCGCCGCGUCGAUCGCCCCGGCCGUCGCCGCAGCAGCUGCGACGCCUGCCGGCCGCCGGCCGCUGCGCGUCUCGGCGCGCUACUACCGCAGCAGCGCGCCGUCCGCGGCCGACCGCGUGCUCGCGGCCGCCCCCUUCCUGCUGCCCUUCCUGGACGCCUUCUCCUACGGCCGCUUCCUCUUCUACCAGUUCCCCGCGAUCGCGCGCGCCGUGUCGCCGGUCGCGCCGCUGCUGUCCCUCUAUCACUCGGUGCCAUUCGCCGCGCUGAUCUGCUUCUUCGGCAUCUACAUCGGCGUCGUCAACAACAUGCAGCUCUCGCGCUACGUGCGCUUCAGCGCCAUGCAGGCCGUCCUCCUCGACAUCCUAUUGGUGCUGCCGCGGCUGCUGGAGCAGCUCGUGCCGCCGCCCACGACGGCGGGGCUUGCGCUGCAGGCGUACAUCGGGGCGCAGAACACGAUCUGGGUCGCCGUCGCCGCGUGUGUCGUGUUUGGCGUGGGCUCGGCGCUGCUCGGCAGGGAGGCGCGCAUCCCCUUUGUUGCAGACGCGGCCGAGGCGCAGAUCCGAUAA